AUGACCAUGAAUAUUGAGAAAAAGAUAAAGAUCAACAUUAAUGAUAGUAUAAGUGACAUGAUUUGUCUGAUGGAUGGAAGACUUAUAAUGGUGGAAUUGUUCAACAAAGUAAUCCUACUUACUCCUGAUGGCAAGAUACAGAAAGAUUUACCUAUACCUGGUGGAUUCUUUAGUGUUGCACAGAUAAAUCAGAACACUAUUGCCAUAACUUAUCCUUAUGAGACGGCAAUGAAGAUAUUCAAUAUGAAGAAUGAAACAGUUUCAAAAGUUAUCACAUUAGACAAAUAUUGCUGGGGUUUAUCAUCAUCAGAUGAUUCUCUUGUUGUAGGUUUGAAUAAAGAUGAAAUCCGUAUUAUAGACUUGAAAGGAAAUACACUGAAGUCGAUUCAAGUUACGAUUGAAUCAUUACUGAUGAACCUUGUUUACUGUAAUGACAGUGUAAUCUAUAGUGACGUGGAAGGUAAAGCAGUAUACUGUGUGGAUGAAUCAGGAAAACAGAUCUGGCAAUAUACACAGGAUUUAUCAAGACCAGGUGGACUUUGUACAGAUAAUUAUGGUAACAUUUAUGUAGCAGACCAUAACUCUCAAAGAAUAAUAGUAAUAUCAAAAGAUGGAAAGGAGAGUAAAGUACUGCAUAGUGAUGGACGGGAGUAUCCUACAUGUAUUUGUUUGAAACAAAAUAAGUCUUCAGGUUUUAUUUGUAAUGAGGAUGGCAAAAAAUUGGCAAAAUUCAAUUUAUCUUCUGGAUAA